ACAAAUUUUGUUUAUUGUCAGAACGCGAUUUGUAUACACAAUAUCAAAGCUUACUUAGGGAACAAGCUUUAAAUCACAUUUUCGGGAUCGCGUUAAUUCCAAUAAGACGAAUAAAACGGCAAAAAGAUGUUUCCCAACGCCACAGCAUCGACAGUCGUCGAAUGUGUGCUAAUAAGUGACUCGGACACGGAAGAAUCCGAAACAAAGGAGGAUAAGCGACGAGUCAGCCGGCGUAAAAAAAAUAAAGUUGAAUAUUCUGAUACGGCAGAGGCACAGAAAAGUCAGACGCAAACACCGGGAAUAAAUGAUGUCAAGAAAAAUUUCGAGAGACGCAAGUUGGAGCAUCGAUCUAGCACUCCAACGACUGCCAAAGAGGUUGACACUGGUGUGAAUAAAGAGGUUUUAGGCGGUCUUGAAGGAGCUGCCUUUCAAUCGCGAUUACCGUAUGAUAAAAUGACAUCGAACGAAGAAGCAUCCUUUCCCGAAAUGACAAAAAGUGGCUUGCCGGCACAGCUUGUAUUUUUAAAUAUUCGAAAUCGAGUACUGCAAAUGUGGAUUGGGGACCCAAAGACCCAACUGACCUACGAAAAUGUUUUACUCAACAUUGAAAAGCCCUUUGACAGUGAUCGCUUGUUGUUGAGGCGCAUUCAUGCUUUCCUGGAACGGCAUGGCUUCAUCAAUUUUGGAAUCUUUAAAAGACUUACGGACAUAGUCCCCAGCAAAGUACCGAUUAAGGUCAUUGUCAUUGGAGCGGGUAUAUCGGGUUUGGCAGCUGCCCGACAACUACAACAGUUCGGAAUGGAUGUGACGGUAGUGGAGGCAAGAGACAGAGUUGGUGGACGUAUUUCAACCUUUCGAAAGAAUAAUUUCUAUGCUGAUUUGGGUGCCAUGGUUGUCACUGGUGUCUAUGGAAAUCCUAUCACUGUACUCAGUAGACAAAACGACAUGGAAAUGGUGCCGAUUAAACAGACUUGUUCACUGUAUGGAUCAAGCGGAAAGCCAGUCCCAAAACAUAAGGAUGACAUGGUCGAACGAGAAUUUAAUCGUCUACUUGAAUCGACCAGUUACUUAUCUCAUCAACUUGAUUUCAAUUAUGCUGGCAACAAUCCUGUUUCGCUGGGACAAGCCCUUGAAUGGAUAAUUAAACUACAAGAGAAGCAUGUUAAGGAGAGACAGCUCGAACAUCUAAAAUCACUCGCCAAUCUUCACGAACAAAUUAUCCAAAACCAAAGUGCAAUAAACGACAAAGUGGACAGAAUCAAAGCAUUGAAAGAGCAUCACACAAAAUUGUGCGAAACCCGGCCGAUCAAAACUACCGACAAUGAUGCACAAUACAUUGAUCACGAAUUUGACAUCCGAACAACGUUGCGCGAUUGGAACAGCAAUUUCAAGGAAAUGGAAAAACUGAAGACAACGCAAAUUGAAUUGGAAACAGAACUGAAGGAAGUGGCAGCGAAUCAACCGAGUGACGUGUAUCUCUCACCGAAAGAUCGACAAAUUUUGGACUGGCACUUUGCAAAUUUAGAGUUUGCGAAUGCAACACCGCUAAAUACUCUAUCGUUGAAGCACUGGGAUCAAGAUGACGAUUUUGAGUUUAUCGGACCACACACCACUGUCAAAAAUGGAUAUUCGUGCUUACCGAUUGCACUGACUAGUGGAUUGGACAUUCGUGUAAAUACUGCCGUGAAGAACAUCAAAUACCACUCGAAUGGAGUCGAGGUUACAACUGAGAAUCUUAAAAAGAAUAACGCCACAACAGUCAUGAAAGCGGAUCUAGUCUUGUGUACGCUUACGCUUGGUAUAUUGAAGGUGUCAAUAUCUCCAUUGUCCGAGAACCAGGAAAAUGUGGUUAAAUUCGAUCCACCACUACCCGAUUGGAAGCAACAGGCCAUUCAACGCCUGGGGUUCGGAAAUUUGAACAAAGUGGUGCUGUGUUUCGACAAAAUAUUUUGGGACCAGAACACCAAUCUAUUUGGCCACGUGGGAAGCACAACGAGCAGUCGCGGAGAAUUGUUUCUAUUUUGGAGUAUAUCUAAGUCACCCGUUUUAUUGGCUCUGGUCGCAGGGCAAUCCGCCGCAAUAAUGGAAAAUGUGUCUGACGAUGUGAUUGUCGGACGAUGUAUAGCUGUUUUGAAGGGCAUUUUCGGCAACAAUGCUGUGUUACAACCGAAGGAAACUGUGGUGACUCGAUGGAGAGCUGAUCCGUGGGCUAGAGGAUCGUACAGUUUUGUAUCAGUCGGCUCAUCUGGAUCAGACUAUGAUUUAUUAGCCGCCCCUGUUACACCGACACCAAAUCUCGCAAAUGGUAGCAGUGAGACCAGCGAAACUCCAAGACUAUUUUUUGCUGGGGAGCAUACCAUUCGAAACUAUCCAGCAACGGUACACGGAGCAUUGCUGAGUGGAGUACGUGAAGCGGGAAGAAUCGCGGAUUAUUAUCUGGGUUUCCCGAAUUCAGAUGACAUGAAAUCGGAAGCUGGGGUGCCAUAGAAAUCGUAGAGUGUAUUGAAGCUUUGUGUGAUUUUGUUUCUUUGAACACAACAGGCAGUACAUUCUAAUGCCAUUCAUGAAUUCAUGUCGUUCUCUUGCAAUGAAUUAAAAUUAAACUUAAAUUCACAACAAA